AACCAUAUAUCACAACUCAAAGCAAAUUGACACUAGCUAGUUCAAAACUUGAGAAAAAGAUAUGGAUUCCAAGAGAUGUUCCACCAUUGCUCUCUUCCUCUCCAUCAACCUUCUCUUUUGUGCCCUAGCAAGUGGUUGUUACACUUGCUCUCAGCCUCAUCCCAUCACAACACCUAAGCCAAUCAAAACCCCUAUUCCCAGUGCCGGUUCUGCUGCCACAAAGAGCUGCCCUAGGGAUACCCUAAAGUUGGGGGUAUGUGCCAAGUUGCUGAAUGGGGCGGUUGGGGCAGUUGUCGGGAGCCCUCCGGAUACACCUUGCUGUGCUGUCCUUGAUGGACUUCUGGAUCUUGAAGUUGCUGUGUGCCUUUGCACUGCCAUUAAGGCCAACAUUCUGGGUAUCAACCUUAACAUCCCUAUUUCGUUGAGCUUGCUCCUUGACGGCUGUGCAAAGAAGUUCCCUCCAGGCUUCCAAUGUGCAUAAGCGAGAAAGCAAUUGCCACAUUGAUCGAUCUUGAUGUUAUAUGUCUGAUUCGUAUGCUUGAGGCAAAUUAUAUUUGCUAGUUUAAUUUCUUGCUGGUUUCUGUUUUUCCUCUUGGACGUUGUUUUACAUGCGCCAAGUAUUCCAUAACUCUUUUGAGAUUGUAAUUUCCCUAAUUGAUGGCAUGCAGUUUGAAGCGUACA